AUGCCCAGGCCCCGCCCCUACCUGCCCAGCCCCCACGUCGCUGUGUUUUUGUCCGCCGCGCGCCUGCGCAGUUUAUUGCAGAUCGCGGAAACACCCUUCCCCGAGUGGGAAAGGGGACCUGGCCUGGUCCGGGGCCACCCCGCCUUCUCUAUCCGCCGUCCCACUGGACUGCUAACACUGAGGGAUGUGAUCAUUGAAUUCUCUCAGGAGGAGUGGGACUGCCUAAACCUUCCGCAGAAAGCUCUGUACCGGGACGUGAUGUUGGAGAACUACAGGAACCUGGUCUCCCUCGGUGUCUCUUCUAGGUGCAUGCUCAAGGAAUUAUUGCCAGAUGAGAACAUUACUAAAGGAGAAUUAUUCCAAACAAUGAUAAUUAGUCCUGAUGUCAAUUUCAACAUUUGUGGUAAAUGUGGGAAGGUUUUUCAGGAUCCCUCAUUGUUUAAACGACACCAGAAAACACAUAUCAGAGGAAAACUUUAUAAAGGUAAUGAAGAAGGGAAGACUUUCAACCAAAGUUCAGCCCUCACUAAACAUCAAAAUGUUCAUUCUGCACCAAGAGCUCACAAAUGUAAUGAGUGUGGCAAAUCCUUUCAUUACUUCUCAAAUUUCAUUAAGCAUAGGAGAAUCCAUACCGGAGAGAAACCAUAUAAAUGUAACAUAUGUGGCAAGGUCUUCAUUCAAAACUCAAACCUUAGAAGUCACCUGAGACUUCAUACAGGAGAUAAACCUUACAAAUGUAGCAAGUGUGGUAAGGCUUUUACCAGACGUUCUCAACUGCUUGGCCACGAGAGAACUCAUACUGGAGAGAAACCGUACAAAUGUAGUGAGUGUAGCAAAGCCUUCACUGUGCAUUCGUGCCUUGCUCGACACCAGAGAAUCCAUAAUGAAGAGAAUCUUUACAAAUGUCAUGAAUGUGGUAAGGCUUUUAUCAGUCGUUCAUACCUCUGCGAUCAUGAGAAAAUUCACACUGGUGAGAGACCAUACAAGUGCACUGAAUGUGACAAAGCUUUUAGACAACGCUCUGACCUCAGGAUUCACCAAAGAAUUCAUACAGGAGAGAAACCGUACAAAUGCAGUGAGUGCGACAAAGCAUUUACUGUGCGUUCAAGCCUUACUAAUCAUAGACGAAUUCACACUGGAGAGGAACCUUACAAAUGUAGCGUGUGUGGUAAAGCCUUUACCCAUUUUUCAAACUUUAUUAGACAUCAAAAAAUACAUAAUAAAAAGGAGCAUUUUGAAUCUAAAGUAUCUGUCAGUGCUUUUAUCCAAAGCUCAAACCAUGGGGAUCAGCAGAUAAUUGAUAGUAAAGAAAAACCUUAUAAAUGUCAUGAGUGUGGCAAAUCCUUCGCCAUGCAUUCAGGCCUUACUAAUCAUAAGAGAAGCCAUAUUGGGAAGAAACCUUACAAAUGUAAUGAAUGUGGCAAAACUUUUACCCAUUUUGCAAACCUUCUUAGACAUCAGACAGUGCACUCUCAAAAUGAAUACUAUAAAUCCAACGCCACGCCCAAGGCCCGCUCCACGCCUGCGCAGUUAACUGCAGACGCGGAAGCUGAUUGCGCAGACCCAAGGUCACCGUGA